AUGAACUUCCUCCGACGCCGUCUCUCCGACAGCAGCUUCAUGUCCAACCUGCCCAACGGCUACAUGACAGACCUCCAGAGGCCGGACCCAGCUGCUCCUCCUCCCGCCACCGCCACCGCCACCUCCCCUUCCCAGCAAGGUGCACCCCCAGCCACGGCGCUCGCACCUGCCCUGUCCCCGACCAAAGCUCCAGCACCGUCCCAGGCGCCCGCCAGCUCCCCCGCAGCUCAGGAGCGGCGUGCGAACCAGCCGGUUCAGCAACCUCAACAGGCCCAGACCACCUCCUCCUCCUCCAGUGGCUCCUCUGGCUUCUUCAGCUCCUUCAGCUCCAUCAGCUCCAUCACCAAUGUGGUCAAACAGACGGCCGCGACCGCCGCCGGGUUCGUGGAGCAGUCUGCUCCGUCUCCCUCGCUCUCCAAGAGGUUCAAGAUCCUGUUGGUCAUUGAUGAGCCACAGCAUGAGUGGUCCAAAGUGUUUCGGGGAAAGAAGGUCCAUGGAGAUUACGACAUCAAAGUGGAGCAGGCUGAGUUCUCGGAGGUCAACCUCGUCUCACAUUCAAAUGGAACCUGUAACGUGGACAUGCAGGUCAUCAGGAGCGGGACCAAAGUGGUCAGGUCUUUCAAGCCUGACUUCGUCUUGGUGCGCCAGCACGCCUUCAGCAUGGCCCAGAACGAGGAUUUUAGGAACUUGAUCAUCGGUCUGCAGUACGCGGGCGUCCCCUCAGUCAACUCUCUGGACUCCAUCUACAACCUCUGCGACAAACCCUGGGCUUUUUCCCAACUGAUCAAUAAUCAGAAGAGGCUGGGUUCAGAUAAGAUCCCUCUCAUUGAUCAGACUUUCUACCCCAACUACAAAGACAUGAUUACAUCACCAAGUUUCCCAGUGGUGGUGAAGAUCGGACACGCCCACUCUGGAAUGGGAAAGGUCAAAGUGGACAAUGUGAGCGACUUCCAGGACAUUGCCAGCGUGGUGGCCAUCACUCAGACCUACUGCACCACAGAGCCAUUUGUAGACGCCAAGUACGACAUCAGGGUCCAGAAAAUCGGCGCUGACUACAAAGCAUACAUGCGAACAUCCAUCUCUGGUAAUUGGAAGAGCAACACCGGAUCUGCCAUGUUGGAACAAGUAGCCAUGACUGACAAGUAUAAGCUGUGGGUGGAUACCUGCUCAGAGAUCUUCGGAGGGCUGGAUAUCUGUGCCGUCAAAGCCAUCUGUGGCAAGGAUGGUAAUGACUACAUUACUGAGGUCGUGGGUUCGUCUAUGCAGCUGAUUGGUGAUCACCAGGCAGAGGACCGCCAGCUCAUCUCAGAGGUGGUGUUGGCUAAGCUGAGCCAAGCGCUGGCUGCCAGGACAUCUAGUGCUUCACGCUCACCUGCUCGCUCCCCUCAAGGCCAGAAGCCAACUACUGUGCAGCCCCAACAGAGUGCUGCCCUUAAGGAAGGACUGGCAGAUCCAAACAGGACCUCCGGCCAGCGCCCUCAACCUCAAGGUGCACCAGUGAAAUCAAUGAGUGUGGAUGCAUCAUCAGAGUCAGCUAAGAGAGCAUCUGAACCGGUACCAAAGCCCAGCCAGGUCCAGAAACCUGGUGCAGGUCCAGCUCAGAAACCAGCUCAGGCUCAGAAGGGCCCGGUCCAGAGGGCCGCCUCAGUCUCAAAGCCUCCAGUGCCGAGGCCUCCGCCGCCAAUGACGAGAGCCACAUCUGUCGCAAAGUCAGCCCCAGAUUCUGCUUCCGCCCCGGCCAGAGCUUCACCAUCAUCCCCGGCUAAAACAGCCGCCGCCGCCGCAGUUGCUCCACGCUCUCCCCCAACCAAAGCAGCAGCACCCAUGGCUCCGGCUCCGGCUCCGGCUCCGGCUCCGGCUCUAGCUCCAGCCUCGGCCCCAGCCCCAGCCUCGCCCUCAGCCUCAGCCUCAGCUCCUACCACAGAGCAGCCCAAGCCCCAGCCUCAGGGCUCCCCAUCCCCAGCUCCUGGCAAACCAAAAGAGCUGCCCCCCAAACCCGCACCCCCUGCAAAGCCCAUCCCUCCUGUACGCAGGAAUUCAAAGCCUCAGCUCCAGCCAAAGCCACAAACCCCGCCUCCUCUCAAAGCUUCCCCUAAACCCCAGCCCCCCGCCCCAGCACCCACUCAGGCCUCAGAUACUGCCUCAGCCCCCGCCCCAGCACAGGUUCAGUCCCCGGCCAAGGUCAGCCAGUCCCCGCCAAACGUCCAGUCUCCAGCUAAGGCUCAGCCCCAGGCCAAGCCGGCCUCUCCUUCCCAAAACCCUGAGCCUGAAGGUGAAGCUGAAGCUGCCGCGGCUGAGGCAGAGGGCCUUGUGGAUGAGCAGCCAGGAUCCCAGCAAAAGGCCCAUCCUCUGCUGAAUAAGUCCCAGUCUCUGACCAAUGCCUUCAACGCCUUCAGCGACUCCUCAUUCUUCCGCGGGGUCUCAACAAGCACCGGAGGCGACGGCCAAGACGAGGCCAAGGCCGAGACCAUUCGCAACCUCCGAAAGUCCUUCGCCAGCCUUUUCUCUGACUAGACAUAACCCAACCGUAGUCAGCCCCUUAUUGAUCCCCCCCAACCCCCACCCCCUUUUACCGCUGGCCAGUGAUGACUUGAUUGACAUUAAAUGUGAACCAGUCUGAGAUUAAACUUUGUGUGUUAACUGUACUGUAUUCCCUCCGUCCCGGUCCCCCUACUCCUCCACUUUCAGCUUCUCUGUGUGAGUAACAGUGAGGCCUGCUGGGUAGGAUGUUCAGCGAAUGAUGCCGCGCCAGAAUAAUUGGACUGAAGGAGUUACGUCAUUGAUAUAGAAAUAACAAAAAUAUUUAUUUUUCCCAGAGCAAACUCUUUCUGAAGUAUAUAAAAAAGUACAAAACUACAGAUGGAAUGUACAUACAGUAUAUAUAUAUUUAUAUAUACUAUAUAUAUACAUUAUAUGAAUACAAACAUAUAUAACUAUAAAGGGAGAUAAGCCAAUAAUAGAAAAAAAUAGCACUUUGUCAGUGACAUAACUCUUUCAUUCACUGGCUGGAUUUAUACAUAUUUUAAAAACGAAUCAGACAUUUGAUGGUUUCCUCCACAGUGAAUCAGUUUUGGUCAGUAAGUGAAAGUAUGUGAAAGUAUGUGAGUAAAAACGUCUUUAUGGAUUUGUUCCUGUGUAAAUCCAGCCGUUGUGUCUCUGGUCCUUGGCUACUGACCACUGGGCUCAUCAUCGCUGCCCCUUCUUUUUGUCUCCAAGCCUUGAAGUUCAUUGUCGUGUGAGGGAGUCGGAAAUCUGUGUAUGUUCAUCUGUGUUCAGUUGUUAUGCAUGGCUCCUCCAAGUGGCUCGGUGUGACGUUUGGAGCAGAAGGGAGCUCUAUCAGUGUUGAGUUUUGCCCUCCGUUGCCUCUCUCUACUCUCUCUCUCUCUACUCUCUCUCUCUCUAGAUGUUGUAGCCUUAUUGUGAACAUGUUUUCAAUUCAGCUACGUUCGUUAGCUGUGCGGACCUGGGUCGAUUACAACUCGAAAUUCAUUCAUUUACUUCACGCGUUUGAUUAAGCAAACUGUUGGGGGCAAGAUUGAUUGCAGCUGUUGUAGUUGUGGGAGCACUGGGAUCGAGCCGAGUGCACCAGAGUGAAUAAAUCAAUCCUCAAUAGUAACUGAAUGCAUUUCAAAGAGUAAAAAAGACUCACGUCUGUAGCUGUGACUGGUGAUUUCUUGUUUCACCUCUGUGUAGAUCUAUCAACAGUAUUGUAAUUUGUUGAUUAUUCUCAUGAAAAGACAUUGAGACAGUAGUGCAAUAACACCUCGACGUGACUGUUGAGCGCUGUCACCCUAUUAUAAAUAUGAAUAUGAUCAUACAUACAGGACCUGUGUAUCUGUUGAAUACCGUACUCUUACAUUCCCUUUAAGAUUCCUUUCAGUCGCGACUUUCCAGGUUGCUUUUUACUGCAGUCAGACGCCGGGUUUCAGAUUAAUAGGCCAUAUUAAACUGUUGGUUUAUCCUGUUUGUGUUGUGGGCUGAAUUUAAGGCAACCUGGAAUGAACCCAGUACCUUGACUGGUCAUUUUCAGUUGAGCUGCUGCAUUUCAAGUUCAUAUGUGUUAAAAAAACAAAAAACAAAAACAAUCUCAACAUGUAAGAACCCGCAUAUCAACCUGUCUGCUUAUCCAUUUCCAGUACUAUGUUGCAAGUAGAUUAUGACAUAUUGUAUUUGUAUGUAUGUAUGUAUGUAAGUGUCAUCUCAGGAGUUUAUUUUUUGUAAUAUAUUGAUUGAUUUAUUUAUUUUUUUGAGGCUCCAUAUUUAUGGUACAGUAUAUAUUGUUUGUUUUGUAUUGUGUUUUUAUUUGUAACGCAAUACUGCUUUGCAUGAUCUGGUGACUGAUGAUGUUUUUUUUCCUGUACAGAUAAAAGUUAAUAAAGAUGUGGUUCCAUCAUUCCACUGAUUCACCAAGUAACAUUCA